AUGCAAUCCCCUCUUAAAACUCUUGAGAGUUUAAACUAAACAAAUGCUUACCAAAUGCCUGAAUAUGCAGACUAUCUGAAAACACGAACAUGCUUGGAUAGUUUGGGCUUUUAAUAAGGAAUCCAUAUUUAAGAAAGAUUCGAACCUAUUUCAUUUGGAUUUCCAACUCCCAAUGUGUUUAGAGUAUAUGCAGCUGAUCAUCUAGGAGACUAAAUAGAAAUGUAAUAAUUAUUUUGUUUAUAUAGACCAAAAAUAAGACCUUUUGAGAUGUUGGUGGAUAAUUUUGGAUGUAGCGACAAUUAGUUAAAUAAAAAUUAAUAAUUCUAAUCAUCAGAUCAAACCAUUCUGAAGUUUAAAAGAGAGUAUCAAUGCACAUGUUGCUGUUGUAAUAGACCACGUCUUGAGGUUUAUUAUGUCGAAAAUGCGUAAAACAAAUUAUUAGGAUACAUUAUUGAUCCAAUUUAUUGUUGUCGAAUUGGUUGUAAUAUUUUGGAUUCUGAUAAUUAAUUGAGAUACAUGAUCAAGGCCAGUACUUGCCAGAGUUAUUUUUGGUGUAGGUGUCCUUGCAGUAUAGAAUGCAAUAAGAUUGGGUUUGAUAUCAAACUGCCAACAGGAGAAGUAGUUGCUCCCAUGUUAAAGUAGGUUAAAACAUGUUGUAAUACAGAUUCGUUUUCCAUUUGUGAUAAUAUAAGUGCUAUGUUUCCUUAGAAAGCAACAACAGAAGACAAAGCAUUAAUUCUAGCAGCCACAAUCAUGAUUGAGUUCAUGUAUUUUGAAAAGCCUCGUUCCAGAUCUACGCAAUGA